AUGGGUAUUACCUUGGAAACAAAAUUAGAUGUGUUGAGGAGAUUGGAUCAAGGCGAGAAGCUGAGUUACAUUGCCAAAACAUUGGGCCUUGCUACCUCCAAUGUCGGAACAAUCCGUGAUAACAAAGACAAAAUUUGGGCUAGUGCUAAAGUUGCUACUCCAUUAUCAGCCUGUACUCUAUAUUUUCAUUGUAGUAAUGUCAUGAUAAAAAUGGAACACUUACUCAGUGUAUGGAUAGAGGACCAGACCAGGCAAAAUGUACCCAUUAACUCCAUGAUGAUUCAGGAAAAGGCUAAGAGUCUGCAUGCAGAAUUAAUUCAGGAAGAAGGUGCUAGUUCUGAUGAAAAACAACUUAAUGCCAGCAAAGGGUUUGAACAUUUUAAGAAACACUCAAACCUACACAACAAUAAGAUGGUAGAUGAUGUAGCCAGUGCUGAUACUGAAGCUGCUUCUAAUUAUCCAGCUGAACUAAAGGCAAUUAUUGAGGGUGUUGGAUACACACCACAAGUGUAUAACAUUGAUGAAACAGGCUUCUUUUGGAAGCAUUCACCUGCCAGGACAUAUAUUUCAAAUGAAGAGAAGACACCUCCUGGUUUAAAGGCUUCCAAGGAUUGUGUAACACUUCUGUUAGGGGGUAAUGUAGCAAGAGAUUUUAAGAUAAAGUCCAUGCUUGUGUACCACUCAGAAAAUCCAAGGGCUUUCAAGGGCUGUGCCAUUUCUAGGUUACCAGUGAUAUGGCAUGGAUGA